AUGUCGAACCUUGAGGAUCUCAAUGGCAAGGGCAAGACGCAGGCCUCUGAAGCCGACAACGCAAAUGCAACCAAAUUGUCCAGCAAGGAGAACACUCCGAGUGUCGCGGAAGCGCUGCUGGAGACCAGCCCCGUCUUGAAGAAUGCGUUGGGCGCAAUAGACAAGGACAAUGCCACCUUGCGCGAGAUAGAUAUCACCAAUCUAUCGACCGGACUCACACUGGAGGGAAAGAGCCUGAAGGACAUGGCUUCCUUCAAGUUCUGGCAGACGCAGCCGGUGCCUCGCUUCGACGGGUCUGGCAGGGUCAGCGAUGGACCGAUCAAGAUCAUUGACCCCGAGAAGGUAUCGAAGAAGCCCGAUCCGCUCAUCGAGGGUUUUGAGUGGGCGACCCUCGACUUGACGAACGAGACGGAGCUCCAGGAGCUAUGGGAUCUGCUCACCUAUCACUAUGUGGAAGACGAUGAUGCCAUGUUCCGCUUUAGAUACUCUCAGUCAUUUCUACACUGGGCUUUGAUGUCUCCCGGCUGGAAAAAGGAAUGGCAUGUCGGCGUGCGUGCGACCAAGUCCCGCAAGCUAGUCGCGUCAAUCUGUGGCGUGCCUACGGAGGUCCGCGUCCGGGGCCAGAAGCUGAAGGUCAUAGAGAUUAACUUCCUUUGCGUCCACAAGAAGCUGCGGUCCAAGCGGUUGGCCCCCGUUCUGAUCAAGGAGAUCACUCGUCGCUGCUACCUGAAUGGAAUCUACCAGGCUGUCUACACUGCCGGUGUACUUCUGCCUACCCCGGUGAGCUCGUGCCGCUACUAUCACCGUUCCCUGGACUGGCUGAAGCUGAAUGAGGUCGGCUUUUCGUCGCUCCCCUACGGCUCAACCAAGGCCCGCCAAGUUACCAAGAACCAUCUCCCGAGUAGUACGUCGACCCCGCGGCUUCGACCUAUGGGACCCAAGGAUAUCGACGCAGUUUAUGAUCUGCUAGAGCGCUACCUACGCCGUUACGAUAUAAACCCGACGUUCACGAAAGAGGAAGUCGCACACUGGCUAGUACACAAAGAGAGCCCCGGGAAGGAGCAGGUAGUGUGGUCGUACGUGGCGGAGGAUGUUGAAACGCAUAAUAUUACCGACUUCUUCUCCUUUUACUGCCUUCCGUCUACUGUGAUCCAGCACCCGAAACACCAGGAGGUACGCGCUGCUUACCUGCACUACUACGCCACCGAAACAGCCUUCACGAACGACAUGAAGGCUUACAAGGACCGGCUCCUGAUGCUGAUGAACGAUGCACUUAUCCUUGCUAAGCGGACCCACUUCGACGUCUUUAACGCACUCACCACCCAGGACAACCCUCUCUUUCUCGAACAGCUCAAGUUCGGCGCAGGUAUUAGCCAGCUCCACUUCUACCUGUACAACUACCGGACGACCCCUAUUGCCGGCGGUGUCAACCAAAAGAAUCUCCCGGAUGAGAACAGGAUGGGAGGUGUUGGUAUUGUGAUGCUGUAA